AUGGACAACAUUCAGCCAGCGGAUCGCAAACUCAUUACCUUCAGCCAAUUGCAACAAGGCACGAAUAAAGUUUCUCGCCUUUUUCGCAUCUCCAAGGAGACGGGUAAACUCUACACAGCCCAAGAACUGGAUGCAGAAUCUCUUUGCAGACACGGCGUCGAGUGUUUCCGGAUUGUCAAGAUCGCUGUCCGCCAGGCAGAGACAUUCAUGAAGAUUUUAAAAAUGAAAGUCACCAUCAAAGAUGUUAAUGACCACCAACCCGAGUUCCCAGUCGAAGUAGUGAACAUCCAGUUUUCUGAAGAUGAUGGCAAGGGUGUUCGAAGGUUCAUCCCAAGCGCAAUAGACAAGGACAGUGGAGAUCUUAAUUCCCAGAUCAUGUACCGACUGGUCAAAGGCAAAGACGAACCGUUUUCUUUGUCAGUUUCUGAAAGCGUUGACGGUAUAUCAGACCUCAGUAUUGUGUUGCAAGAGAGACUUAAUAGGGAGGUUCAAGAUGCUUAUACAGUUCAAGUUGUUGCUGAAGAUGGAGGAUCUCCUCCCAAACAGAGUACACUAGAUGUUCACGUUACAGUGACAGACGUCAAUGAUAAUCCACCCAUUUUCUCUCAGAAUGUCUAUAAUGUAUCAGUGAACUAUGAAAGUGAUGAGGUAACGCCUGUGACGAUUGUGUCUGCGAUGGAUUACGACUCGAAGAAAAAUGGUAAGAUUUCUUAUCGCUUCGGUGACAGAACUUCUGAAAGUGCCAAAUCUCAGUUUGAGAUUGACGAGAAAACAGGCGAGAUUUUCUUGAGAAAAAAAUUUUCUUCUUCUCUUCAAAAAACAAAAUUUAAACUUUAUGUCCGUGCGACAGACAAUGGCAACCCGGCUCUGAGCUCUACCGCAAAAGUGUUGGUGAAUAUAAUUAAUGAACACAACAAUGCCCCAACCAUUGAUGUAAAUUUUGUUUCUUCUUCGUCCCGAAACGUCACUACUAUACGUGAAGACGUGGAGGUAGGUAGCUUUAUUGCCUAUGUAAUGGUUACCGAUGAUGAUGUAGGCCGAAAUGGGGCUGUCGCUUGCGAUCUCCAACAUGAGAAAUUUCAGCUGCAGAGCCUGGGUGUCAAAGAAUAUAAACUCAUUGUAAAAAAUACGAUUGAUAGAGAAACAGAACAGUAUCAUGACGUAACUAUUGACUGCCAAGACAAGGGUUCUCCUCCUCUGCAUGGAAGAAUUGAGUUCACCAUUCGGGUGAUUGAUGUCAAUGAUGUGCGACCAAAGUUUUUCAAAGAACUCUUUAAAUUCUCCGUCUACGAGAACCAAAAAUCCAACUCUUUUGUCGGAAGAGUCAACGUCACUGACCCCGACCUGGGACCAGGAGGUAAACUUUUCUUCACUCUCCUUUCAAAUGAAACGUUCAUCCUACCUUUCCAGAUUUCAAAUACCGGCGAAAUUUCAACAGUUAUGUCUUUAGACUAUGAAUUCCAAAACAUUUAUCGAUUUCAGGUUUUGGUCACCGACAACGGGACACCUCCGCUCAACAACACAGCAAAUGUGAUCGUGGAGGUCCGAGACGUGAAUGACAAUGUUCCUCAUUUCACUUUUCCUAGUGUCAACCCGUUCACGAUGGAUGUCACCUAUUACCCACGGCACACUAACAAAAUCACCAUCCUUAAAGCAGCAGACGGCGACAGCCGAGAAAAUGCCUUUUUGAGAUAUCAGAUUGAAGCAGGAGACGAUAAGCAGCUGUUUGCCAUCAACCACUACACAGGGUUGCUCUCUUUCAGUCGAGAAGUCACUCAACAAGAUGCCCGUACUCAUCUCUUGCAGUUAGUUGUCAAAGACAGUGGCGAUCCCGUUUUGACCGCCACAACGAACUUAUCGAUCAUUCUAACGGUAAGUAACCAGUCAUCUGAGACAGGUGAUACUAUCCCCGGGACCAAGGACAACAAAAUCCACGUCUAUUUGCUGAUUGUUAUAGUGUUAGUUGCUGUGACAGUAGCCGUACCAGUUACAGCUGCAAUGUCCAUAUGCGUGAUCCGAUGCAAGAUCCGGAUCAAUUCCCCGCUCUCGGAUAAAAGCGACGCGUCGGAGAAAUGCGUCUCGGAGCACAAGCAUCUGAUGUGCCAUGCACACAUGGAAACUUACUGGCCUCAUACGCCUCUUGCAAGAACUGCAAGUUCCAAUAUAGCCCAGAAGAGUUCGAUGCUAGAGCCAAGAAGAAGAACGUCGUCAGGUGAUUCCAUUUUAAGGGGUCACAGACGAAGAAGCUCAUCCACCGGCUCAAGAUUCCAAUGCACAAAGGAAGCCAUCUACGAGGUAAGUAUGAACCUGCUUAAAUAUCUGUCUGGAUUUCUGGGAUGA